AUGCUGCCCGUGCUCGCGCCGCAGCCAGUCCUGCUCCGACACCGAGCACGGCCGCGCCGGGCUCUCCAACGCCAGUCCUGCUCCGACACCGAGCACGGCCGCGCCGGGCUCUCCAACGGUGAGCCGCCCACAGCUCCCGCGGGCACAGCAUGCUGCCCGUGCUCGCGCCGCAGCCAGUCCUGCUCCGACACCGAGCACGGCCGCGCCGGGCUCUCCAACGGUGAGCCUCCCACAGCUCCCGCGGGCACAGCAUGCUGCCCGUGCUCGCGCCGCAGCCAGUCCUGCUCCGACACCGAGCACGGCCGCGCCGGGCUCUCCAACGACGUGGGCCUGUGCGUGGGCUCGUGCCUUAGGCCGUGCGCGACGCACUCUAUCGACGACUCGGCCGCUGCGCUGGCGCCGCUCGCCUCGCCGCCGCCCCCCGGUACGGAACGGAACCGCCUCGGUACGCCGGCGGAUCGCAAUUUCAUUGUAACAUUUAUAACGAGCGGCGGUGACCUCGAAUAA